AUGAAAUUGUUAGAAAUUAUUUAUCGGACGAUCGUGUGUAUGAUAUUCAUCAGCAAACAAGCUCAAUCUACACAAUAUGUGCCGGAAACAGAGUUUCUAAUUAAUUUGGUAAGUUACGUUGAUAAUAUAAAAACUUUGGAAUCCUUUAGUAGAUUUAAUCGUGAAAAUUCAAACAAACAACCUUCCACAGUCCUAGAACCCUUAAUCAAUGAUAAGGACAAAAUAAACGAAUAUCUUCACAUUGCAAUAAAUGACAAAAUGAACGAUCUUGAUUGUACAUAUGCGCACUAUGCGAAAUUUCAUUUGGACUUUAUACACAUGAUUUUAGAUCUCGGUUUGUUCUCUGCAUUAAAGUUUGAAGUAGUGGAAAAACUAAAAUCGUUGUAUUUAAAUGUAGCGAUGAGAGCGUUUUUAACCUUCUUCAACUUCAACUUUGAACCACCCGAAUGGAUGUGGACAUUUAUCAAUUAUUUGGAAACGGACAAUUACUCGGAAGAAUUUCAUAAUAGAUUGUCUGACAUAAUGAUUAUUUUAACACAAGUUACAACUAGAACC